AUGGAGUCGGAGCAAAAAGCACGGGUCAAGCCUCUCGUAGAAACCAGCCAAGUGGUUAAAGACGACGAAAAUGACGACGACGCUUUGCGCAACGCAUCAGCGCCAACAGCAGAAGAUAUCGAUGACGAUGCUUGGCUCUCUAAAGUUCCCGAGAACCUCAGAACGAUUCAGUACGAGACCAUCUCAUCGCUGAGUCAGACGACCAAGCCAUGCGCGCACCAAGAGGCCGAAAACAUAGCUGCCUUCCUCGACGAGCUCAAAGCACGCGGCUACUCGAUCAACGAUUCGGAAGCAAGACGAGGCGCUCUCGGUUUGAAUCGAUCCGAACGACUUCAAAUUGUCAACCACGCUCCGCAAAGCAUGGUGGAGUUGCAUACACUCGUCGAAGAGCUUGAAGAGCGUUUCCAUCCGCAUCAGAUCCAAGAGCUCAUCUCGCUCGUACAGACCUACCUUCCCAUUCACCCUUCCAACCAGGUCAACGCCUAUGCAGCACAAGGUGCUCAGCAUGAUUCAGCAGCAAUCAAUGGCGCCAAGAAUGAUGUGCUUCCAGACACACCCGCACAGAUUAGUCAAUUUACCGGACAGGUAGCCGCAGCGGCGGACUUGGGUGAUUCCGAUCAACAAGGACUCGCGCACGUCCCCGAGCCAGAUGCAGAGCGACAAGCAGCGGAUCUCGACUAUGAAGAGGAUCCGGACGUUGAAAUGGACGAAGACGAUUUCGUUCACGAAGGUCUGGGCGGAGCUGGGGUCGAAGAUGCCGACGCCGAUGAUUAG